AUGGCUACCCUCCAAGAAACCAAAUCCAACGCCGAAGUUGAGCAUGACAACACGCCGUUUGACGAGAAGGCCGCCGCCGGCGAGGUGAAGGAGAUCAAUGCCGCCUCCGUCGCCCUUGCGGCCGCCUUGGCCGAAAGACCGCCCAAUAUUUGGUCACCCAAUAUGAUCAAGUUGUACUUCAUCGUUGCAAUUGGCUAUCUCGUUUCAACAAUGAACGGAUUUGACAGCUCCCUCAUGGGAAGUCAAAACGCAAUGCCUCAAUAUCAAAAGACCUUUGGCCUCUCCGGCGCCGGCUCGACCACUGGUAUCGUCUUCAUGAUCUACCAGGUCGGUCAGGUAGCCAGUUUCCCAUUCUGCUCUCCAUUGGCCGAUGGCUACGGGCGUCGUAUUUGCAUCUUCGUCGGCUGCGCAAUCGUCCUCAUCGGCACCGCCAUCCAGACACCCGCCAACUCGCUCGGACAGUUCAUUGCGGGAAGAUUCGUCCUCGGCUUUGGCGCCUCUCUUGCCUCUGCUGCAGGCCCUGCCUACAUCGUUGAGCUUGCGCAUCCCAAGUACAGAGGAACUAUGGCUGGCGCUUACAACACCUUCUGGUGGCUGGGAAACAUUCUCGCUGGAUGGACCACGUAUGGGACGAAUGAGCACCUCGAAAGCAGCUGGGCUUGGAGAAUCCCCACACUCGUCCAGGCUGGCAUGCCCGCUGUCGUCAUGUGCUUCAUUAUGUUCUUCCCCGAGUCUCCCAGAUGGCUGAUCUCUCACGACCGGGCUGAGGAGGCGCUUGCCUUCUUCGCAAAGUACCACGGCGAUGGCGAUGUGAACUCACCUGUUGUGCAGCUUCAGUACCAUGAGAUUGUAGAGGAUAACCGUCUAACCAAGGACGAGAACCCGUGGUGGGACAUGCGGGAGCUGUUCAACACUAGAGCAGCUCGGUACCGGCUUCUCAUGGUGAUUGCCAUGGCGUUUUUCGGCCAAUGGAGCGGAAACAACGUUGUGUCUUACUUCAUGCCUGAGAUGUUCAAGCAGGCAGGCAUCACGAGCGAUAGUACCCAGCUGCUGCUUACAGCCAUCAACCCUAUUUUUUGCCUUAUCGCAGCAAUCUACGGCGCUACAUUGCUUGACAAGCUCGGCCGACGAUUCAUGAUGUUGACGGGCCUGGCUGGCUCCCUCAUCUCCUAUGUCUUAUUGACAGCGUUCACCGCCGAGUCUGAGAAAAAUCAGAAUCUUUCUUACGGUGUCAUCGUAUCCAUUUACGUCUUUGGCAUCUGUUUCUCUUGGGGUUUCACUCCUCUUCAAACACUUUACGCUGUGGAGUGUUUGGAGAACCGCACCCGUGCCAAGGGUUCCGCGAUGUCGUUUCUCUUUUUGAACAUCGCUAUUAUCAUCAAUACCUACGCAAUCAGCGUUGCCAUCGAGAAAAUAGGAUUUUGGCUGUAUGUGGUAUACAUUGGUUGGAUUUGCGUGGAGAUGGUGAUCAUUUAUUUCUUCUUCGUUGAGACCGCGGGCAAGACUCUCGAAGAACUCAAGUCCAUUUUUGAGGCACGCAACCCGAGGAAAGAGUCAACAAAGAAGACAAAGGUUGCUGUCGACGAGGCUGGAAAUGUUUUAAGUGUUGGCGAGUCCACGUCUGGACUUUAG